AUGAGGAACUUCUUGAAAGACGUUGCUUUGAAACGGUGUAUUGAGGCUCUCUAUACAGGUGGAAGUGUUGAAUGGAGUCCUAAUGGAAAGAAGCUGUUCUCUACAUGUUCAAAUGUAGUCAAAGUUAUUGAUUUAGAAAACAAUUUAGCAAAGUGAGUUGUGCGAAACUCAAUAAUAAAUGUUAUUUUUGAUUGCAGUUUUACUAUCGGCGACGUAGAAGAAGAGCUACGCAUUACGUGUAUUUGUAUUGACAAAAACAGAAAUAAUUUGCUGGUUGCUUAUAAUAAUCAGAUUGUGAGUCCCCCCUCCCGUGGUGUCUAUAUCAAAUUUUCAUUCGAGUUUUUUUUUCAGAUUCGCGAGUUUUCUAUUCCUUUGCAAGAAAAUAAAAAGCCUGAGGUUAUUCGUUCUUGGAAAUCCAUGCACAACGCUCCAAUUCUUGUGAUGCAGUUUGACGAAAAAGGCGUUUCAUUAGCAACAGGAUCUGCUGAUAAUUCGGUCAAGGUAACUCAGGGUCUCUAACCACCGCAUAAUCUUUUUGUUCAGUCAAAAAUCAUUUUUUCAAAUUCAGGUCUGGAAUCUGGAAAAGCAACAAUGCACACACACUCUCAAAGGUCCUGCAGUAGUUUCUUCGAUUUCAUUUGUGAAUAUCGAUCGCUUGGUUGUGGGCUACAUCGAAGGACAAGUAUAUUUGUUUCUUCAGCUUUGUAAAAUUCUCAGUUUUCAGCUUCUCUUGUUUGACUUGGUUCGAGGAUCACCAAAAAAAGUCCUUCAUGAAUGGAAAAACCACACAAGGUUCGAGAAUUUUCAUCUUUUUUGAUAUCUUUGUUCCGAUUCAGCCAGAUUACGAGCGUCUUACAAAUACCUCAUACGAGAAAAGUCGUUGCUUUAUCGAGGGAUCAGACUGUUUCGAUACAUGAAACUGAAACACUGGAGACGGUCAAGGUGAGAAAAAAUAAUAGCGUCCUGGUUAACUGUGAAACGACCGUUUAAAUUGAAAAAAAAUGUGUGCACGUUUGGUUGUCAAAGUUUUUUAUAGGUUUUGCCGCUUUUCGAAGCCAUCGAAAGUGCAUCAAUUGCUCACAACGGCAAUUUAAUCACUGUCGGAGAGGAAGGGGUUCUGAAAGAGUGGGUCGUUGACACGGCGAAACUCGUCCGGAAAAAGAAAAUAACCAGGUGAUCAUGAAAUCUCGCAAAACUUUCAUUUUCAUUCAGUUCUCGCCUCGAUUCUGUGUCUUAUAAUGCCCUUACCAAUCGGUGUUUGAUCGUAUCCGCCGAAGAAAAUUUAUACGUUGUUAACUACGAGGAGCUGCAAAUUUCAAGACAGAUUGUCGGAUUCCAUGAUGAGGUUCUCUAGCGUGACGAUUUUUGUUUAAUUAAUUGAUUUCAGAUUUAUUCUUGCUGCUUUAUUGGCAAAAGAGAGUCACACAUUGCAGUGGCCUCGAAUACUUCUGAAAUCAGAGUCUAUAACCUCCAAACUUUGGACUGCCAACUCAUCCGAGGUUCCGACUUACUUCCCACUACCACAAGAUUAUUUAUUUUUUGUUCAGGUCACUCGGAAAGUGUUUUGACAAUAGCGCCGUCUCCCUGGGAUUCGAAUCUGCUCGCUUCUUGCUCCAAGGACAAUUCUAUAAUUGUUUGGAAAUUCCUUGAAGGUGCCACUCUUGAGAUUUCCCUCUUUGCAUUGUUUAUAGGCGAAGAAACGUCGACAUUGACUCCGUUGGCCAUGGCGACGGGUCAUGCAAACACCGUGACGUCAAUCUGCAUGUCCAACGGCGGCAAAUCCCCGUUUCUCACUUCCGUUUCAACGGAUUGCACUAUCAAAAUCUGGCCGUUGGGAGAUCUGAAAGUGAACACCAAGUUUGACAUCGAGCACGACGACUUCGAAUCUCUGUAUGUCUUCGUUUUUUAACUUCGAACUGAUGUUCAGCGUUCUGGCUAUCUACAAAAUUGCAACGCACGAAUUUGAGUUUCUCUACUAGAAGAGUAGUUCUAGUUAAAAAUUAUUUUAGAACUUUUUUAUCUUUUUUCGGACUGGAGAUCGAAGUAUGAAGAUCUAAACAUGGAACAGUUUCAGUUAAUUCAAUUCUGAAAUGAGAAAACCUAUUGAGAUUAUUAGAGUUAUUAAAAGUUCAUAGAGAUAUUCUAUAUGAGAUUUCAAUGUAGAAUUUUCGUCUUAAAAGAACCAUGAAAUGUGCGAAAAAAAAACGGAAAAAAUUACUUUUAUUAUAGAAUAAUUUUCAAUAGCUUUCUCACGUUCUGUGGAGUUUGAUGAUCAAUUGGUGGUAUGAAAAAAACACCAGCGAAAAUUCAAACGGCGACUUUUCCGAUUUUUUCAUAUCGCUAGGGAACUUUCCGACGGCCACCUUUCCGACGAAUCUUUUUUCGACUUUUUUUCUUGAUAAAAUCUUCGUUUUUAAAUCUUCCUAUAUAUAGCAGGUAGUUGGUUAAUUAUUAAAACACAAAGAAAUAGAAACAAAAAUAUGUUUAUAGAUUUUUUAUAAACCGAAAAAUAUAAAGGAAAAAAGUCGGAAAAAUUUUCGUCGGAAAGGUGGCCGUCGGAAAGUUCCCUAGCGAUAUGAAAAAAUCGGAAAAGUCGCCGUUUGAAUUUUCGCUGGUGGUUUUUUCAUACCACCGAUCAAUUAUGAGUUUCGAAAGUUCCUUUAGUGUUGGGCUGAAGAAACAGUCUCGGCAGCGUAUGUUGGCUAGUUGAGAUCAAAGGUCUAGGCUGACUUCUCACUGUUGGAUGAAUGUUUCCGACACUUUCAUCCGAACUUUACGAGUUUCAGGCCGAAACUGACGUGUACUUCGACUUUGGUGGCACACGCAAAAGACGUCAACUGUGUAUCGAUUGCAGAAACGGACAGUGUCAUCGCAACUGGAGGGUAGAUCUCCGUGGGUCGACGGCUCAAAAGAGAUCCUGUUCAGAAUGGAUAAGAUGGUGAAGCUGUGGCAGGUGGACUUGGGCAAGAUGCAACUUGGAAUCGGCGGAUCUCUGAGCGGACACAAAAGAAGCGUCGGCGAUGUCAAAUUCGCUCGCAACUCUCACGUAUGUCUUCUUUUUGUUUCCACGAAUUCUGAUUCAACAAACGACUUCUCAGGUUUUCCUCUUCUAUAGAUAUUACCUAUCCUUAUAUUUUCACAGGCUCAUCCUGUAGCAAACAAUUCAGAUAAAAUUUGAAAAAGGUUCAUUUUUGCAGAGAGGAUUAUAAUCGUACCAAAGUGAACGUAAGUUCGAUUUCAGUAAUGAGUGCACUGAAAUUUAUAAAAUGCACCUAUUAUUUAAAAAAGAUUCAAGUUUACCAUUUUAAGAUGAGUUUCAUUUUUUUCGUUUAUCACGCACAGUUUCAUUCAACAUCCUAUCAACAAAUUCUCGCACUUUGAAAGGCUCUCUACGAUUUGAGUGGGAACUAUCGCCGUUUUUCAGAAACUAGCAUCCUGCAGCGGCGACAUGACGAUCAAGGUUUGGAGUGUUCCUGACAAGACAUGUUUGCAAACUUUGGUAGGACAUCCCAGCGCAGUGUUUCGGGUUGGUUCUUGCUUUAUUUACGAAAAAAAAGCUUAGCUUUUCACAAGCAGUUCUUUUACUGGAAUCUUUAUUUUUUAAACAAAGGAUGUAUAAUAUGACAAUAUAUCAGGAUUUUUGAUGGAAAAAAUUAUUGCAGAUAAUCUUUCUGAACAACGACUUCCAAAUUCUCUCGGCGGACAGCGGAGGAAUUUUGAAAAUCUGGACUCUUAAAAAUGGAGAGUGCGAAGCUUCUUUUGAUGCUCAUACGGACAAGGUUUCAAUAUUGAAUUGUUAAAAAAACGAAAAUUAAAAAAAAGGGUUGGGUUCGGAAAAAUGCUCCAAGAAAACUUGAUGGAACACAGCUAUUCCAUUCUCAGAGUUUGAUAAAGAAAAAUUUUAUCCGAACGGUCACCAAGUCACCUCUUAAAACUAUUUUAUGUGAAUAUGUAAUUACUUAUCUAAAAAACCAGAACAAAAACAGAUGCCGCAACCGGCUGUUUCAAGCCGAAGAAAUGAUGAUAAGAAAAAAAAAUAUACGCAUUUUGUAGAUUUGGUCGUUGGACACAAAUAGUGAGGAAUCGGAGUUUGUGACAGCUGGAAGUGAUGGAAGAAUAGCCAUCUGGAAGGAUGUCACGACGGAAAAGCAAGCCAUUGAGGAUCGGAAAAGGAAAGAAACAUUGGAACAGGAACAGGUGUCUUCAUCUAGAAAGUCACCUUGGGAACUAAUCUUUUCAGACUCUUGUCAAUCUUUUGGACCAAAAUCGCCAUCAGGAAGCGUUGGAGUAUGCACUAACUUUGAUUCGACCGUCUUGCGCUCUGAAGGUAGGCGCCAAUCCAAAAAAAGUGCACCGAAUCGUGAACAGCCGUUUUUUACGCUUUAAAGGUCGCGAAAAUGUGCUAGUUGUGUAAGGUGUAAAGUUUUUUGAAGACAGUAGUCGAAAAAAAAAGAUAAAUUAUAUCGUUUCUUCUUUUUUUCGAGAUAAGAAUCCAAGUUGAAAAAAUGUUUCUGUUGAUUGAAAUUAAAGAUGCAUAUUUGUUGGUCUACUUUCAAUCAAAUCAAUUGAAGGUAAUCAACUUACUGAUGGACGCGAAUGAAGUUGGAAAAGCAGUGGAAAAGUUGGACGACCGCAACACUAAGGUGCUGCUCGACUUCGCAACCCAAUGGAAUACCAACAGCCGAUCUGCACAGGUGGUUUCUUUCAGAACACCUACCUUUCAAGUCCCAACAAAAAAUGUCAAGCUUUUCAAUCAAAAUUUACCUCUUCAGCUAUUUUCCUAUUUUCAAACUUCUUUACAGGCGGCGCAAAGAGUUUUCUACGAAAUUUUGAUGGUCCGUCCUCCUGAAUAUUUCACGCAGAUGUCCAAUUCUCGUGGAAUCGUCGAGUCACUCAUUCCCUACACUAAAAGGUACAAAACAAGAAAUAGAGAAUUCUGUAGAGAUGUUGAAGCUGAAUGGUUCGAAAGUCGCUUUAAUUUCAAUUUUUACUUGCAGACAUUUGGACCGUCUCAGUAGGGCCCGACAAGACUCUGCGAUGCUGGAAUUUGUGUGGAAGCAAAUGAGAAUCGGUUGAUUCCAACUGCUUCAUUUUAUGGUGUCUAUUGUGUUUUUUUUUUGUCGUCGGACAAUCUUUUCUUUUCUGCCUAUGUGUAUCAACGGGUUUUAGACUGUUUUCUUAUCAAUUUGUUAUUUUCAUACUUGUCGCUGUUAUUGUUAUUGAGUGUUGAUUGUUGGCUCUGUUGUUGUUAUUGUUGAAUUUUCCUGUAAUUUCUGUUUCUUUUUUUUUACUUUCUUUUCAUAAAUUCUUUCAAAACUCUGAACAAGAUGAUGAAGAAUGUUUCUCGUUGUAUAUUUCAGAGUCUCACGCAAAUUUUCUAUUCGGGUUUACAGACUCGGGUUCACUUUCUUCGCACCUCGCGAAUAUGUCGAACAAAAAAUCCGCUGCCAUCGUCAUCGACGACGACUUGCCCAUGGAAGAAGGUUGUCUUCGCUUGAACUUCGUCUUAGUUUUGACUUUAUCUUUUUCAGGAGUGCCCGAUCUCAUCGAGGAGGAUGAACUCCCGUUAAAAAUGCCGUCACUGAUUGAGCAGAACACUGGCAAAAAAGAGGAAGAGUUCACAUUGGUACAUUUUUUCUUCGACCAGUGUAUAGUAUGGCGAUGAAAUUUUUCAAUUUCCUCUUUUUAAGGUGAAGAGAAAACGGAAGAGUGCGGCGAAGGACGAAGUGAUGGAAGACGUUUCGGAGGAAGCGGCGACGGCGGCGUUCGAGGAAGGCGAGAUGCCUGAGGGCGAAGAUGUGCCCAUGGAAACGAGUGCAGACAAGGAGGGACCUUCCAAGAAACGCUCCAAAGGCGUCAAAGGCGAACUCCGCGUAGUGCGUCUCCGAAUGAUCUUUUGUGCUUCAUGAGUACCGAUAUGAGAGCUUUUUUGGUUCAGUUAUGCAUGGGAUGGCUGUGACCACGGCCCGCAGAAAAAACUUUUAACUCCAGAAGAAGCUAAAAUAUUAGCCGGAAAAAAAUAUCCUUCCAACGCUUUUUCAAACAAAAAAAUUUAUUUGAAGAUAGAAUAAAUGUAAAACAGAGGGAAAGCACAAAAAAAGCUUCAUGAAAUGAAAUACUGGCCAAAAAAACGUUCCAGUAUCUAAAUAGGUGAAAAAAUAUAGCUUGGUAGCAGCUUUUUUUUCAGAGACAUCUGAUAAGUUAUACAUUUCUUUUUUUAUAACUUCUAGAAGGUUUAAGAAAUGUUUUUCUUCUGGUAUUUUUUUCAUGUAGAGAUACUACGUUUUAAGAUAAUCCUUUCUGAAAUACUUUUUCCUGGUUUUCGAUUUUCGGGGUUUCAGAAUUAGCUCUACACUUUUUUUAAAAAAAACUGCUUCCGGAAGCUCGAGCAUAAUUAAUUUAUGACUUGCCAAAAAAAGUCAAAAAAAUAAAAAAAUAUUUAGGCAUUCAAAAUUACUUCAAUUCGUUAGAUUAACAGUGUUAAGCGUAAACUGAAUCCGAAUUUAGAUUGGAUUUUUGAAAUUUAAGUGAGCAAAAACUGACAAACGAAGGCGAGACAUUGGUCCGAUUAUUUUUUAUCGUAUUUGUCUAAACAUCUUCUCAGGCUUAGUGGAAAUCCCGAAAUAAAUCCUAUUACCACUCUGUUUUCAGGUUCCAGUUCCAAGACAUCGUUACACUCCUCUCAAGGACAACUGGGUGAAUAUUUUCACACCAGUCGUCAAGAAUCUUGGACUCCAGAUCCGGUUAAAAAUUCCCGUAAGGGGGAAUUUAUCGAAUAUUUUCAGGUUCAACCUGAAAAAACGUCAAGUAGAGAUUCGGAAUCCAGAAGACCGCGAAGACACCACUGAUUUGCAGAAGGUUUUUUCUGUUUCGAAUUUACCAUCUUCAGAGAUAGAUUUCUCAUAGCUUUUUUAUUGUUUGAUGUGAAUUGCAGGUUUUGAAGCCUUGGGCUCAGCUUUCAAAAUCUGCAGAUUUAUCUUAAAGAUUCUAACUAACAUUUAUCCGUUAAAAUAUCCCCUAAAUCCUUUUUAAAACUUUAUACUCUGAAGUUGUGAGCUAAAAACCGGAAAUUGAGGGAAAAUAUGUGGUCAUUAUUCGAUUCGAAAGAUUUUUUUUCGAUUUUAAGAAGUGAAACUUCAAAAGAACGCCUCUCAAGUGGAUGAAAUUGAAAAUUAGCGGAUUCAGAGUUUAGAUCAGCUGUUUAGAAACCAGCGGUAAGAGGCUUCUUUAAUGGAAAGCAAGAUAAUUAGUGUAGUGAUCUUUUUUUUCACAAUCACUGCCAAAUUUCUCAUCUAGAAACUAUCCCGAAUAAAAAAACUUUCGGACAAUUGAAAUAUUUCUUUUAAAGGCUUGUGACUUCGUGAAAGCUUUCGUUCUGGGCUUCGAAGUGAAUGAUGCUCUUGCUUUGAUUCGCUUGGACCAUCUGUUCUUGGAGACUUUCGAGGUGAGUCUGUGUUGCACGCAACAUCGGAAUGUUCUAAAAAAAAACCCCUGGAAUGAGGUGAUCCACGUGAUCGGACGAGUCUAGAUGUUUUCCCCAGUGUCUCGAGGAGCUUCAGGACAUAAAUAACGUCUGUAAUCGCAACGGUUGCACACGAAAAGUGCCGCGAGGCCUCAACCACUUUUUACCAAAGCGCCACAUCGGCAAUAUAUUUCCGCAGAGACCCAAACGACGCACGCCAAUAACGCGGCGCAGCAGGCGAAUUCGCCUCGUCCUUUUUUUUAUCUUUAUGUUGCGGCGGCGCGAUUCUCUGUCCGUUCAGCGUUCGCGAGGCGAGUGUGUAUGAAAUUUCGGUCAAAUUAAACAGCAAGCAAGCGAGGCGAUAAGCUUUGUUGCCCAGAUUGACAGUCGAACGACAAGGGCCUUAUCACGUGGCGGAUAACGGGCCCAAUUCGUGCAUCAUUCAUUUUUUUUUUCAGAAUGAAGAAUUCAAAUCAAAUGAGAUGGAACCUUAUAUGGCUACGAAAGUUGAGGCCAACUCAUUUUCUCUUACAAUGGAAAAAAGUCAAUUUUUGUCAAGCCUCAGUUGAUUGAGUUUUGACGUUUUUUUUGUGUCAAACGGGCGAAGCUAUUUAAAUUGAAAAUGAAUCAAAAGUUUCUUGUAGUAAAAUCAAGUUUUACGAUUCUAUUUUCGACUUUUUUUCUUUUCUCGAAAUUGAAAAUUUUCAUAAUACAGAGCAUGAAACCUCUGAUUAUUUUCAAUACGCGGAGUUCAAAGUUAGAGGAUCCUGGGUUUGCAGAUUGCCGAUGUGAAAGCAUCUUUGAAAGGGGACCACGUGAGCCGUGCAAUUGGACGUAUUGCGGGAAAAGACGGACGCACAAAGCUUGUAAUUGAAAACACGACAAAAACCCGUAUUGGUCCGUUUUUCGUCCUUUUCCCUUGCAAUCAAUUGAAUUCAGUCCUGGCAGAUACCAAGAUACAUUUGCUAGGCGCCUACCAAAAUCUGAAGUUAGCAAGAAACGCCAUCUCCAGUCUAAUUCUUGGUUCGUUUCCUUUUUUUAGGAGGAAAUAUAAUUUCCUCAGCUUUUUGAAUGGAUGUUCUGGGGUCGCGAAUAAGCAAAAAUUAGUGGAAUCGGUCUCAAUUUUUAAAGUCAAGCUUUAGCGACAACGGUGUUUCGUUGAGAGGUGGCGAAAAAGUUUCAAUCACCGAAGUGUAAUUUCGAAUAAAAAAGAAAAUGAGACAUCAUUUUUCUUUUUUAAAAAAGAGCCUCUCAGUACAGUAGUUAUGAAAAAAAAAACUUUUUAAACUUUCAUCUCAAAAAAAUAUGAGUUUUUUUUAUUCACAUGAAACUGAAAAUUGUGGAAAUUUUACAGGAGCCAACCCCUCAAAGGUAUACGGUACUCUGCGAAGCAUGGCUUCUCGAGGGUCAGAGCGUUUGUAA